AUGCAAUUUUUAAAAUUAGCUACUGCUUUAUCUAUCUUGUCUGUCGUUUCUGCUGAAACCGUGUACGUGACUCAAACCCAUCUUACUACCAUCCAAGGUGGUGACGGUCAAGCUGGUACUACUCUUUCCACCGAGGUUGCUGCUCCUACUGGUGCUACCACCUCUGUUGCUGCUGAAGUCAAGGCUCCAAAGAGUGUCUUGGGUGAUGGUGAAGGUUCUACCCAAUCUGCUGCUCCAACCACUUUGGUUUCCAAGACCAGCUCUGCUGCUGAAACCGCUUCAUCCACUGAAUCCGACUCCUCAAGUUCUGGUUCUGGUGUCAGCGGUGUUGAAGACGAAGAUUUCGCCAAAGCUAUCUUGAAGGCCCACAACGAAAAGAGAGCCGACCACAACGUUGACGCUUUAUCUUGGGACUCGCAGGUUUACAAGUACGCCCAAGACUACGCCGACCAAUACGACUGUUCUGGUACCUUAACCCACUCCGGUGGUGAGUACGGUGAGAAUUUGGCUCUUGGUUACAACACUGCUGAAAAGGCCGUCAAUGCUUGGUAUGAAGAAGGUAACGAUUACGAUUACUCCUCUUCUUCCUCUUUCGACCACUUCACCCAAAUCAUCUGGAAGGACACCACCAAAUUAGGUUGUGCCUACAAGGACUGUUCUUCCGCCGGUAAAUACAUUGUCUGUUCUUACGACCCUGCUGGUAACGUUGUCGGUGAAGGUAAGGCUAACCUUUCAAGUUAA